AUGUUUUUCCAGAUCAUGAAAUUCAUUCAAUUUUCGCGUUUUCCACGUCUUUACCAGCUCCUCUGCCCAGAGCUCAACCAACGCCAACCGCUCACCCAAUACCAGUGCAAACUUCAAGAAUUAUUUGAACCGAAAGACGAGACCUGGUUUUACAACACCUUCGCAAAAACCCGAUCAGGUGCGGACCGGAUUCAGAACUACCACCCUCCGGCUGGAGACCUCUUCGAACGCCUUCCAAACGAAAUCAUUGACGAAAUAUUCGAUUAUGUGCUGCUUCACAAGGAUGACAGCCUCAACCCUGACAAACGCAAGGAUGAGGAACUUCACGACAAGGCUGAACAUGACGCCCUGGACGAUCUAGUUUUCUUGGGCCUUUCCUCUGCACGCCUAUGGCCACUGCUCUUGGAGCGCAUCCAUCGGAACUACCAGACCAACUGGUCAGGCAAGAAGGUUGGCUUCCACGACUACAACCUUGCCUUCACUGCUGAGCAAGGGCAUAACUAUGGUAUCGCGUAUGAAGUGAUUGGUCAAAGUGGGCGCCCAUGUCCACGGUGGAAGAGUUUGAUUACAGGUUGGACAUGGGAACACUUCAGCUGCCUGCCAGAUAUGGCAUGGCGUGUUGCUCUCAUUCCUUCCUACAGAUCUCGAUACUCAAACACGAGCGACCUAAAGUCGAUGAAGUACGAGAUGGAGAUUCCACCAGAUGAUCGGGAGAAGAUCGAGCGAGAUCUCCGGCGGACGAAUCUGCGUUCCACAGAGACAGAGUGGGUACUACGCAACCUAACGACCAGGCAAUACGUACGUUCGGAUCGAUUGCAAGAGCCGGCGUCCGCAGAGCCAGAGUGGCCUCCCCUGCCCAAGUCUCAGGAAAAGCUGAUGACCAGAAUGCGGCGACAGCGCAAGGCCCUGAUACAACGAAUGAGGAAUGAGGCAACGGAAGACUACGUCUCACCUUGGCCCUUUGACCUGGCGAAUCUGCCACUUACUCUGGCCAACAUCUUUCUGGUUCUGACCUGUGACAGUGCAGAAGUAUUACCAUCAUACAUUCCUAAAGAUGACCCCGAAAAAUAUCUGCACUUCCACGAUGCCCCCUGGUCCGGUUGCGCAUUCGAACUUAUGCCGCUGGACGAUCACUUGGAUGCUCAAGAACGAGGCGUGGACCCAACAGCUCCGACAGAUGAGACGUGGAUGGAUGUCAGUAGAGAAGUGGUCGCCGAUAUGGCGAACUUGCGCUUCUGCAUCCAGAAAAAUAUCGCCAUCUCUGAAGAAGAGAUCAAAAGGAAUCUCAAUACUGCAGAGAGACGAGGUGAACAACCAGCAUGGCAUGCGUUUUGGGUCAACUUCUACGCCAGCGUUGGAGAGACAAGACGGCAGCAUCGGCAGUGGGUGAAGACAUGUCCACCUAGACCCUGGAUAGAUGAGAGCAUGUAUGCGGAAGUGUAG